AUGACCCGCUUCUCCGCCCUUGCACUUUUGUUGGCCGUUCCUUCCGUCUACGGAUUUGGUGUUGCCGUUCCCUCUUCGUCGGCUGUUGUGUCUAGCAGUAAGGCUUUGUUUGCCGUGGAAGAUGGAGCCAAAGAAGAAAAAAAGGAAGCCGUUUCCAUGGAUAAGGAAGAUGCCAUUUUCAUGGACUCCACCGACGACAACGACGAAGGAUUUGCCGCGGAAUUGGUGGAUUUCAAGGAGGACGAGGUAGAAGAAGAACCCGUCGUUGUUCCUACUAUGACUACUACUACUACUACUAGCACUGACGCCACUGUGGACGAGACAUUGUCCAAAGCCAAGGACAUUUUGGGCGAUGUCUCCAGCAAGGCUGUCGAUUUUGCCAAGGACGAACGUGUGCAAGAGAUUGCCGGCAAGGCCAAGGACUUUGCCUCGGAUGUCAUGGGACAGCUGUUUAGCAAGGUGGGAGACAAACUCAAGGAAAUCAAAAAGGAAAAGGAAGAACGAGCUGCCAAGGAAGAACAAAUGAAGUAA